GCAGCUUCCUUGACAGUUGCGACAAGUUGCUGUACUGUAGAUGUUUUUAAUGUCUUUCCUGAAAUGUGUCGAGUGUGUAUCUGAUAUAAUAUAAAGUAACAAGAACAAGCAUCAGUUUUGAAUGUCUUGAUGAUCACAGCAGCUGAAGUUGAAGGUCUGACUGAAAGAGAGGUGGUCGCUUUAUAACGAUGAUCAUCACAUACAUCCUGUUCUCUGCCCUGGCAGUGUUGUGCCUUAUUCUCCAAUAUUGGGCACAGAGAACCAGGAAAGAUGCAUCGGUGGGCAACAAUCCACAAUUUAUUAAAUUUCAGCGGGGAUAUUUUGCCGUCUACUUGGUUGCCAUGUUUGCAGACUGGCUGCAGGGCCCGUAUUUAUACAAGCUGUAUAGCUAUUAUGGAUUUCAAGAGGAGCAGAUAGCCGUCCUCUACGUUUUCGGAUUUGCCUCCACUGUCAUCCUAGGAACGUGGACUCCCAUUGCGGCAGAUCAGUUCGGGAGGAAGAAAUUGUGUUUGAUUUUCACUGUUACGUAUUCUGUUUCGUGUCUGUUGAAGUUGUCGAGGAGUUACGGAGUUCUCAUCAUAGGAAGGCUUUUGGGAGGCGUGGCAACAUCGGUUCUCUUCUCAGCGUUUGAGGCGUGGUAUAUCCACGAACAUAUUGAGACGCACGACUUUCCAAAAGAAUGGAUCUCGGUCACGUUUACCAAAGCGUCCAUGUGGAAUGGGGUUUUAGCCGUGCUGGCCGGUGCCACUACGAAUGUGGUGUCGGAAUGGUUCGGGAUGGGUCCAGUUGCUCCGUAUAUGCUCGCCGUUCCUUUUCUCAUUUUUGUGGGAAUCGUUAUAUCCACUCAUUGGAAUGAAAAUUACAGCGGACAUAAAAUCCGCUUCAGAAAAGAAUGCUUUGAGGGACUGAAAAACAUUGUGCAGAGUGAAAAGAUUUUCAUGAUUGGUGCUAUCGAAGCUUUGUACGAAAGCGUUAUUUAUAUUAUAAUUUUUCUGUGGACGCCGAUUUUAGACUCGGGCGAGCCAUCUUUGGGAAUAAUUUUCUCAAGCUUCAUGGUGUGCAUUCUAAUUGGCCAAGCCACAUACCACAUCCUGACUUCUCACAAUAUUUCCAUAAUGGUUUUGCUGAUGUCAUCAACAAUUAUUGCCAUGUCAUCAAAUCUUGUGUGUGUGUUCUCAAAUCAUCCCAGCAGCAGGAACAUGACUGUUACUUACAUAGCUUUGCUCUGUUUCGAGUUUGCCGUUGGGUUGUAUUUUCCCGCCAUGGGCUGCCUGCGGUCACAUAUCAUUCCUGACACUCACCGCUACAGCAUAAUGAACUGGUUCCGUGUUCCCAUCAACCUGAUCACGUGCGUAGUGUUGAUGCUGCUGCAUGAAGACGUGUUCCAGCAUGGAAACCGGAUGAUCUUUGUCAUCUGUGUUGUGCUGCUCUUCCUCGGCUUGUUGUGUGGACUGCGCUUCGUCAAGUUAUCGAAGGAUGAUGAUGAACUGAAACAGACUCUGGUGACAGAGGCGGAACACGUCCACAAUAUAUUCUGAGAUAGAUCUACAUACAGUCAGGCUCGCUUUUCAUUAACACAAUUUCAUGUGUUUCUGUAAGCAAAUAUUAUCUUUAUCUUUAUAAUGUGCAAAAACUUAGAAAUACUUAAAUAUUUAAAUAUAUUUCUAUAGUAAAAUGUGCAAACACUACACAUGCACAAACAUGUAUAACAGUUUCUGACUAUUAUGGGCCUAUGGCCUUUAUACUGAAUAAAAAAUUGUCUUAUUAUCGAUACAGUGUUUAUGCACAGUAUCUUUUACAUAUACACAAUUUCCCGCGUGGGCAUUCAGCACACUGGGGAAAAAAAAAAUCGGUCCAUCAGGUGUUUUCUGUGUGCUAGUUUUUUAGCCCAGUGACAACAUAACACGAAGUGUUUUAGUAGUAGCUUAAAAGUACACUUCAACGGUGUCAAAUUUUGUACAGUAAUUGGCUUGCAAAAAUGCAUAUAUAUACAGUGAAACCCCUCAAUACCGGACAUCCAUGGGACCAAGUAAAAUGUCAGGUUUUCAGGGGUCUGCCUGGACGGAAAUACCUUCCGUUCUCCAUAAAAUAGGGAAAGUGU